AUGGAGAAGAUGAAGACCUGUCUAAUGCUGAUGUUUCUGAUAAAACUCAUCACCUCUGACAGUGUAAAUGUGAGGUUGGUUGGUGGUCACAGUCGCUGUGCUGGUAGAGUGGAGGUUCUUCAUAGAGGUCAGUGGGGAACAGUGUGUGAUGACUGGUGGGAUUUGGUUGAUGCUGCAGUGGUGUGUAGAGAACUGGACUGUGGAGAACCUGUAGAUGCUCUGGGUGAUGCUCAUUUUGGAUCAGGAACAGGACCGAUCUGGAUGAGUUAUGUCAUGUGUACUGGAUCAGAGUCUACGCUGAAAAACUGUGGCUCAUCAGGAUGGGGUAAAACUCACUGUCUUCAUUCUAAAGUUUCUGGAGUCAUCUGCUCAGAGUGUGAUGAGUUCUGGGAUUUGGCUGAUGCUGCAGUGGUGUGUAGAGAGCUGGACUGUGGAGAAGCUGUAGAUGCCCUGGAUGAUGCUCAUUUUGGAUCAGACAGUGUAAAUGUGAGGUUGGUUGGUGGUCACAGUCGCUGUGCUGGUAGAGUGGAGGUUCUUCAUAGAGGUCAGUGGGGAACAGUGUGUGAUAAGUUCUGGGAUUUGGCUGAUGCUGCAGUGGUGUGUAGAGAGCUGAACUGUGGAGAACCUGUAGAUGUUCUGAGUGAUGCUCAUUUUGGACCAGAAUCAGGACCAAUAUGGAUGUAUUUUGCCAUGUGUAAUGGAUUAGAAUCCACACUGAAGAACUGUGGGCCAUUAAGACAAGCUGAAUGUUCUCAUAGACGAGAUGUUGGAGUCAUCUGCUCUAGUUCCUCUCUGGCUCUUCAUGAUGGUCUGGUGCGGUUGUCUGGAGAGAGACAGUGUGAGGGGGAGGUGGAAGUUUUCAUCCAUCAGGUCUGGAGGAGAGUUCUGCUCGACUCCUGGAGUCUCACUGAAUCCUCUGUGGUCUGCAGACAGCUGGGCUGUGGCUCUGUGCUGAACUUCUACGGCUCCUCUUCAUCCAGUCCUGAACACAGUCAUGAGUGUGUGACGGGCUUCCAGUGUCCACAAACCGUCAACUGCAGCUCCACACAACAGCUGUCAAUCACGUGCAUCGGUCGCGGGUCCAUCAGGCUGGUGGGUUCUGGGGGAGACUGUGCAGGGAGGCUGGAGGUUUUUCACAGCGGCUCAUAGUGGGGCACAGUGUGUGAUGCAUGCUGGGAUAUGAGAGCUGCCAGUGUCCUCUGUAGACAGCUGAAUUGUGGGAUUGCUGUGUCUGUUGUGGGAUCAGACUGGUUUGGAGAGGGAAGUGGUGAAAUCUGGGCUGAUGUGUUUGAUUGUGACGGGAAUGAAACCACCCUGUGGAGCUGCUCUUCUCCAGGCUGGGGAAAACAUGACUGUCAACACAAGGAGGAUGUAGGAGUCGUGUGCUCAGAGUUUAAAAAGAUCAGGUUAACUGAUGGCUGUGAAGGGAAUCUGGAGGUUUUCUACACUGGAUCCUGGGGUAAUUUAUGUUAUAACCAGAUGGACAGAGACACAGCGAGUCUGAUCUGUCAAGAGCUGAACUGUGGAAGAUCUGGCAGUGAACCCAGUUAUUCAGUGGGACUAAGAUCUGCUCCUAAUUGGUUAGAUCAUCUUAAAUGUCGAAAACAUGACAAAACUUUGUGGCAGUGUCCAUCUUUACCCUGGGGCCAGAACAACUGUUAUGAUAAUGAGGUGGCCAGUAUCACUUGCUUUGAGGAGGAAAUUCACGAGUCUCUGCGGAGCCAUCUGACAUGUUCAACAUCAUCUCACCAGAGGCAGUGUUCAAAUCAUGUUCCUCUCAGACUGAGUGGAGGGGAGGGUCGGUGCACUGGGAGGCUGGAGGUGUAUCAUAACGCUGUGUGGGGCUCAGUCUGUGAUGAUCAGUGGGACAUCAGCGAUGCUCAGGUGGUCUGCAGGCAGCUGGGUUGUGGAGCAGCACUGAGGGCUGAUGGGAAUUCAACAAUUAGUGCUGGUGAAGGUGUUGUGUGGCUGAACAGAGUCGAGUGCAGAGGGAAUGAGAUUCACCUGUGGGACUGUCCUCUCUCCCUGAAUAACCACACUGACUGCUCCCACAAAGAGCACGCUGGACUCACCUGUGCAGGUUUGCCAGAUGUGUCAGUGUCCACUAUUCCUGCCACAACAACAUCAGCUUCUCCUCCAGUUUCUCCUCCAGUGCGCUCAACAUCAGUCGCUCCUCCACAAACUCCCCCAGCAGCGUCUCUCUCCGUCCCCCCAGUGCUUGUGAUUGUACUGGGAGUUGUGCUCUUACUGCUCUUAGUGCCACUGCUUAUACUGAUUCAGCAGAACAGAGUGAUGAGGAGAGCUCUCUCUAAGAGGAAACACAGGACGACGACUGAGGCCAUUUAUGAGGAGAUUCAGCACAGACCCAUUAAUAGACACGGGAGAAUGUAA